UGAGACGUCAUAUCCAAAAUGCUGAAAGGAAGGAGGAUGCUUGGAUGUGCGCAACCCAGAGAAGAAACAGCCCAUAGAGCUCUAACCAUUCUCCGGGCAACUUGCUGACUUUUGGUUAUAUUCUGAGGAGGUUCUGCUGGAUAGUCUUUUAUUCUAACCAUGAAGCGCGAUCUGUAUCUCAUAAACUUUCUGAUAACUUUCCCUCUCGUCAGUGGAUCACCUUUUCAGUACAAUAUGUUUCAGGGAAACGCGUAUUCUGCCCCAGAAACACGACAGAGAAACAAAAACUGGUGCGCCUACGUUGUGCAUAAGAAUGUGAGCUGCGCUGUAGUUGGAGGCACGGAGAGCUUUGCGCAGCCCGAGUUGUUGCCAUGUCCACCGGAGCAGCCAAACUGUGCGCAACAAGUGAUAUAUCAAACACAUUUUAGACCCACAUACAAAAUUGGCUACAAAAUAAUGACAGAGCUGCAAUGGAGGUGCUGCCCAGGAUAUCAGGGUCACGACUGCAUGGAGGUGAAAGACAUGAAACUUCUCCAAGUAGAGCGUUUGCCCCAUGCCUCCUCAAACUCUGGCUAUUCAAAUCCACAAGCUCCCAAUCGGAGGACUGAGCCUCAGAGAAACCAUCAAUCAGCUUGGGAGGGGCAGAUCAGAGGUCAAACAGUUGACAGGCCACGAGAGGGCCAAAGCAGACCUCAAAGCUCGCAACAACUAGAGGAGGAGGUGCAGCAGUUGUCUCAGAUGGUUCUUGACAUGCAGGCAAGAAUGACAGACAUUGCCUCCAAUCUAAGACUGGAUUUCCAGGAGGAUGCAAGUAAAAUGUUUGUUACUCUUAUGAAUAAUCUUAAACAACCUGCCAGCGCUAGGGGUGCAGCAACAGAAAGCUUUCAAGUGCAGGACUUCUCUUUUGGUCAAGAGACGCCAUCAAUGGAUGAGGUCAUGAACAAGAUAAACCAGGUUGCAGAUGAUCUUGAGUUGAGGAGUAAUGUCUUGGAUGACUUAAUGAGUCGAGUAAAUCUCCAUGAUGGACAAAUAGGUCUGUUACUGGAGACGGGUCAGAAUCAGCCAUCCACGUCCCAACCUACAACGUCCAGCAGUGAUGCUAACCUGCAAGCCUUCUUGGAAAGUAAGAUCAGUGCUCUACGAGAAGAGUUGAUGGAAGGUAUAGAAAUCAAAAUGGCCGAUUUGAAGAACUCCUGUGACUAUAAAAUCCACUCAGUUCAGGAACAGUGUGAAGGACAGGAGGCCAACUACUUCAGCUUGAUCGAACUCAUGGACUCAAAGGAAUUAGACGUCCGCAGUGAGAUCCAGAACCUGAAGACAAAAGUGGAUGAACUACAGAAGGCAGGACCAGUAGAUUCUCACCUGGAAAACCUUAAAAACCAGCUGAACUCAUCUCAAAGCUAUUUGGAGAUGUGCCUCUCUGUGGAGAAAAAUCUUCGGCACGAACAAGAAGAAGCCAUUAACGACUUGAAGAAGACGUUGGACGACAAGCUGGGAUCUAUACAGAACCAACUCACGAAUAAGCUGACAAAUAACUCUAAAUUCACCUUAAUGAGUGAAAAUAGUCUGCUAAUAGAUGCUAGCUCAGUAAAGGAUUCAGUUGAUAAGCUGGAGCAUAAAGUCAAUGAUCUGGAACUUCUGUGCUCAGAAAACUGUAAAGCUAAUUUAACUGCUUUAGAAAAGCUUCAGAAUGACUUCCAGAGCUAUAAAUCUAUUGUAGAUAACAUGGAAACAAAUCUGAACAUUCAGGUAAGAGACUUUGAAUCCAUGAAGGGUCAGCUUUUAUGCAUCAACAGCACUAUUGAGAAUGUGAGCAGUGAGAUACAUAACCGUCUGGACAGAGUGGAAGACUCAAUAUCAAUUGUAGAGGAUCAGCGGAACCUUAACUCCUCCUGGGAUCAAAAUAAAGAAGCAACCCUCAAGGAUUCUAAGGAUCUUUUGGAGCUUCACAGGGUACAGCAUGAGAAGCUGAGACAGCGUUUAGUUGAGUUGGACAGAGAGGUGAAAGCUGAGGCCAAAAGCUGCAGAGAAACAACUAAAGAUGUGGGGCUGGAGCUCACCAGCAUGGACAGUCGGAUUGUUAAUGUUGAAGCUCUGUGUAACAAGCUUGAUCCCAUCUCCAACAACCUCCUGAGGAUCAAAGAGGGCCUGAAUAGGCACAUCACUGGACUGUGGAGCUGUGUGAACCAGCUGAACGGCACGGUACAAAACCAAGCCAAUGAUAUUGGAGGGCUGAAGGGAACAUGUGAGACUCUUCAGGACCGAAUCACAAACAUAGCCAGAACCCUUCAGACCCUAACAAAUGGUUCUCCUGGGAAGGAAGGUGCUGAUGUUGACCCGAUAGAAGGAUCUCCACGAGUUUCAGCUGAGCGCCUCAGAGUCUUACCUGUCCCUGUAGAGCCUUUCCUCAAGCAUCUACCUGUGAUGGAAACAGGAGAGGCAGGUCCACCUGGACAAAUGACGUCUGAUUUGCCUAAACGGAUGGACGCCAACGUGAUGUCUGUUCAGGGAUACGCUGGAGCUCCAGCUUCCCCUGUUACCUCCACUGAGUCCUUAAACACCAAUGUGCCUCUAAUAACAGAUGUGAGUAAGCCUCAAAGAUCUCCAAAACAGAAAAGUAGCACAGCUCCAGGUGAGAAGGUCUCCUUCUCAGCCGGUCUGACUCCCCCGAUCCAAGGUGAACUUGGAAUAAUCCGAUUCAACAAGGUUCUGGUCAAUGAUGGAGGACAUUAUGACCCUAAUACAGGCCUUUUCACUGCUCCAAUAGAUGGUCGCUACCUGGUGACAGCUGUGCUUGCUGCCCAGAGAGGCCAGAAUGUCAAGGCUGUGCUGUCUGUGUCCAACAACAGCAUUCAGAUUCUGGAUUCUGCAGGCUUCUCCUCUGAGGCCACAGCGCUGUCUCAAGAACGAUGCAGCUGCAGCGGCUUGACGUCACUGAGUCUGGUUCUUUCGAUGAAGCCAGGAGAUCGAAUGGGGAUCAUUCUGACCGAUGGGAAACUUGCCAUCUCUGACUCCACACAGACCUUGUCAUCUUUUAGUGCUGUGUUACUGUACAACAGCCCCAUUACACUGUAGCUUGUGUGGCUUUCUGCAACACCAACAGCUGAGAUCAAGCAUAAGUAGUUUUUAAUUAAGUUAUCAUAAAAUGGUAAUGCUGUAUUUAAAUCAAGUGCAAAGAGUUGAAAACCUGUAAAUAAAAUGGUCUGCAUUAAGGGCCUGAUCUAGUAUCAUCUUAAAUAAAGAGGGCUAAAACUGCUUGUGCAAAAACAGAAAAAAGUAUGUUUAAAUAGUGGACGUAUUUCAGAGGAAUUACUAACAUUGCAUGUGCAAUUGAAAGCGGGUGCAAAAGUGGUGCAAACAUUCCUAUUCUAAAGAGGUUUUUGCAUCUGAUACUGGCUGUCCAUUAGAGAGUUUGGGACAGCGGAGUGGAUUUAUUUAGCUGGUUCCAAAGGCAGGCGCAAUCUGCAGCAGUACCCCACACAGAUUGCCUCUAUGAUCACUGUGUGGAGAAGAUGCAGGCAGUUUGGAAGUUAAAAGAUCUUUGUUAAUUUGAAAAAAAAAAAAUACUUUUGAGAAAUGAACAUGAUAUAUUAGCACCUGACAUUUGGAUUAUUCUGACUGUCGGAAAAG